GCCUGCUAGAUGGUCGUGUUGCUGCUGAAUUUAUAAUAUACUCAUAUGUUACGUACAUAUCUAUAGAGGAUUAAAUGUGAUGUACUGUGAAGUGACGGCUAGUGACGUUUGAUGUUUGUUUGUGUGAUUGAAACUCAGAAGCAUUCAUGAUUCAGGAAUCGCAGUCGACGAGCAAUGAAAGAUGGAACGGUCGCGGCCCCGAGCACAACAUGGCGUUGCAACAAAUACUCAAACUACAAGAGGCAAGAGCUCUUCACAAGACAUCUUUGCUACCCAUUUACAAAAAAAACGGAAUUCCUUCACCGCCAGCCACUAACCAGGAAUAUGAACAAUAUACUAAGAGGUUGGAUAACUAUCCUGAACAAGUUUUAGAACAGUUGAAACUUGAAGAAGAGUUCAGAAGACUUAUGGAGAGAUCGGCCAGUGAAGCUCGUAGUGAUGAAUCAUUAAAAUACUUCCAGCACAUGAUGGAAGCGCGACAACAUUUCGAAUAUUUAAAAAAUAUGAAAGAAAGAGAUGUGAAAAGUACUUAUUCAGAGGAAGAUAAUGUGGAACCAAGAAAAGAAACGACCAAACAAUAUGAUAAUAAAUUUUCUCCGAUCCACAAACAGUCACCUCCGCGGACCUCGCCAGCUGAAGUUUCACCUAAUCAUAGUGUUCGUUUAUCUACCUCAUCCAGUCCACUCUCUACAACUAGUCCAAUUAAUUCAUCACCUCUUAGUCAUCUACAGAAUAUGCAACCUUUUGACUUUCGUAAGCAUAAAUUAUCUGAAAGCAAUACUAAGGAAGAACCAAUUAAGCAGAACUACGAUACUAAUAGUGCAGAGAAAGCUGCAUUGGAGUUAAUGAGAAGUCAACUAUUUAAUUUUCAAUUAACAUCAAAUUUACCAAUUCCUCCCAUGACCAUGCCAUCUACAUUUACGCACCCCGCAGCGAUGGUCGCGGCUCUUAGUCAAAAUCCUAUGGGACUAGCGUCACUACAAGCCUUAUUACCUCAGAUGUCAUCAAAAGUAAAUGAACCCGUUGAACCUAAAUUAAGCAAUGGUCUUAGCAACGGCAGAUCUGAUGCAAGAGUUGAAGAAGAAAAUGUCCUUAAUUUAAGUAAAGAUGCUUUCGCUGAGGCGACACAAAAGUCUAGAGAAUUGAUGAUGAGUAAAUGCUUAAGCCCACCGAAAAGACAUUGGAGUGCAUCACAAAUUCCUUUAAAUUUAGGAACGCACUUCAUAAAUCCGGCUACUGGUAAGAAAAGAGUACAAUGUAACGUGUGCCUUAAGACGUUCUGCGAUAAAGGAGCACUAAAAAUUCAUUUUUCCGCUGUUCACUUAAGGGAAAUGCACAAGUGCACUGUUGAAGGCUGCAGCAUGAUGUUCAGUUCAAGAAGAUCUAGAAAUAGACAUAGUGCAAACCCUAACCCAAAGCUACAUUCACCACAUUUGAGGCGUAAAAUAUCACCUCACGAUGGCAGAAGUGCUCAAGCUCAUUCCGUUCUGCUCUCACAACAUGGGGCAGGAUUAAAUAUACCACCAGUUAUUAAUCCAAUGCAUGCGUUUGGAUCAUAUCCCAUGAUGAAUCCGUCACAAAGCAUGCGACCGUAUUCUACGAACAUAGCAUUAGAUUAUAAAAAUAACGUUAACUUCCAUCCUCACUUUGAUCAGUCACAUUUGAUGCGUCGAGAAUCCAAUUCAGAAGAUAACAAAGCGCAGGAUGUUCAGGGUGAAUCUGAUGAAGACGAUGGCAUUGUAGUAGUAGCGGGAGAUGAAGAUGACGACGAUAAUGAACAUAUGGAUACCAGUGAUUAUUAUUCUAAUUUAAACAAAUCAGUAGGAUCAUUGGAAGAUUCGGAAACAGACUUUGAUCAAAGAAGUGUCAGUGAUAACAAUGACAAUAGAGAAGUGAGGAAAGAUGGCACAAUUAGUCCGGAAGUUAUGAAGAGAAAACGAAAGAAUUUGAAUCCUAUUCGUUUGCAAAGUAAUAAUAAUGUAGAACAGCAACCAAACAAUACUGACAAUAACGAAUGCGAAACCGAGGGCGCGGAUGAUAAUUUAAUAGAUUCAAAAAGAAUUAAAUGUGACGGAGAUGAAAAAAAUGAUAAUUCCUUAGUAAAAAAUGAAAUUGGCGACGUACCUAAAAUAAAACAAGAGAUAACUGAAAUUAAAAAAGAACCUUCGGAAAUAGAGUAUAAUCCACAAGAUUUAUCGAUUAAAGAAGAACCACAAGAGAAAGAAGAUUGUCCUAAGCCACUUUCAAAGUUACAGACUGAACAGUUUUCAUCUGAAAAUGCAUUAAAACGUUUGGAGAGCUUAUCAAGAGGAGAUUUUCCAAAUCUAACGAAAAAAAUUGAUAGUAAUCCUGGAGGCCCCUACAAUUUAUCAAUGCAUGAUGCUAUGGAAUUUUCCGAUAGAUCACCUUCCUCAUCUGUGUCAAGUUACGACUAUGUUUCAGAUGACGGUCAUGGCCAAAUACAAGGUCACUUUGAGAAUGGUUUCUUUGUAGUCACAACCGAUGUUCCAACCGAUCAUGAAAAUCCUCUCAAAUGCACUGUUUGUGAUAAAUUAUUUCAAAACAUUUUUGUAUUAAAGACUCAUUACCAGAACACACAUUUAAAAAUAAUGUACAAAUGCAGCAAUGAAAGUUGUAAGGCGUCAUUUACUACGAAACAAAGUAGAGACCGACAUAGUUGUAACAUAAAUCUACACAGAAAGAUUUUUUCAAUGUGCGGUCGGAUAUCAAACGAAUCUCCUAUCAAAAUAUUGGGUAAAAUUCGUGAACAAAUGGAUUUAAUAGCCAAAUUCAACGAUGAUGAACGUGUCAUUCCUUAUAUUGAAGCGCAAAAGUACUAUCAAGCGAAAGACUCUGAGAAAACAAAUAAUUAUUUGAGUCAACAAAUACCUUUCGGAGCGCCUUACCCGCCUCUUCAACUUUCUGAUUCUUAUCUUAAUGGCCGUGAUAUGUUUCACCAACAGCCUUUUCUCUUUACACCUUUCGGUAUGCUUCCGAAUUUUCCAACUAUCCCUUUUGGGUUCCUCCCACCUAAUCUAAGUCCAUUCGGUUGUCAUAAUCAAAGUUAUCCUUCACCGAUGUUACGAAAGUUAAAUUAUUGUGUAGAAGAUGAAGCACCGCGGCCAAACAAAGAUGGUUCGUACCCUUGCCGAGGUUGUAGAGAGGUAUUCAAAGAUCUAAUGGGUUUGAAAGUUCAUUGUGAAACUGUGCACGUUCAGUCCUUACAUAGAUGUUCAGUGAGCGGUUGCAACGCUGCAUUCUUUUCAAGAACAAAAAGAAACAUUCACUCCGAAGCCCACCUUAGUUCCAGACGUCAAAACGGAAGAAGUCUUCAUCUUGUAAAUUCUACGUGAUCUGUUAAUGAAGUAAUAGAUAGUGUAAAAAUAUAAAAUCCAGUGCAUUUGUGAUGUUUUAGAGUAACCAAAAAUGUAUUCAAUAUAGUUA